UUGAAGCGUGAGGUUGUCGCCCUAAUGCGGUUUGAAGCGGUUGUUGUUGCGGACGCUGACGGCGGUUCGUUGGUGGCUGGUUUGCGGACGCUGACAGCGGUUCAUUGGGAUUGGGCCGCGAAUGUUGUUCUCAGAGAUGUCAAGGCAGAGAAGGAGGCAGAGGUUUUUGUGAAGGUCAAGCCCACCACAGAGGUUGACGGAAGGGAGGGAGAGGCCCAUCACUCUGCCGUUUGGGGAGCACUCGACGUCGAGCCACACAUUUACUUUUUCUAUAUCUGACUAUUGCAUCAUAAAUUUGAUCCAGAGGAGAGAUUCGGCAAAGUGAUGAUACAGGUGGGGUGCAUCGAGCCCGUCAUGGUCCUCCGUGUCGACAAGGAAAAGGGUUACAUCGAUCUCAGAGAGCGUAAGGUCUACGAAGAGGAUAUUCAGGCCUACGAGGAGAGAUACAACAAGAGCAAACUCGUCCACUCCAUCAUGCGCCAAAUUGCUGAAAUCCUCAACAUCGAUUUGGAGAACCCAGCAUGUUAUUCCUGGAAUCUCCUGUUGGAGUUGGCUUUUCAUACUUAUACAAGCGGUGACUAUGACCAAUUGGGAGAUGAUUUAACAGUUGAGCUUAUCACAAGGGUUGUUUGUCAACCAGCUAACUGGUGCCCAACUGCAAAUGUACACUAAAGGUCAUAGCUAGGACACCAGGGGUGGAUAUCGUGGAAGGGUCGUGGCUUUAGAUCAAAUGGACCAAUCCAAGAAGUUGCAUGAGGCAACUAGUUGUCUGGCAUGAAUGGUGCAGUUAACUUGAUUAGGGAAGCAAAGCCAAAGCCAUGUCUAAUUUUAUGUAUUUGUUUUGUUCAAUUUUCUUCAUUUUCCCCUUUCUUUUUCUCUGGGCCCGAAGAACUAUAGGGCAUUUUCUUCUUAUAGUUUUAUGUAGAUGUUUAGUUUUGAGACUUU